CUUUUGACAUCUGCUUCUACUUCUACUGCGAAUCGGAUCUUUUCAUUCCGAUAUUAAAACUUCGGAGUCCUCUGAUUAAUUCAUUUGUUUCGAUUAAAUAAAUUAACACCAUGGCAAACGCAAUCGCUAAAGUGCCGUCUAUGAUUUCGUCGGCCCUCACACAAGCCAGGCCUAAGUUCAAUAUUUUCAUGAAGUACGCUCGAGUCGAACUAGCGCCGCCCAAAUUAAGCGAAAUUCCUCAAAUCAGAGCUGGUAUUUCUAAGCUCCUAUCGAGUGCGAAAAGUGGCGCAUGGAAACAGCAAACUGUGAAGCAGGCCACACUUAACACACUAGUUGGUGCCGAAGUUCUUUUCUGGUUCUAUGUUGGAGAAUGUAUCGGAAAGCGUCACAUUAUCGGCUACAAUGUAUAAGAUUCUAAUAAGUGUAACUAUGUAGAUAAUUCAUGUUCUAAAAUAAAUAUUUAACUGGUUCAA